AUGGGGGUGGGGGGGGAUUCUCGAUCUGCUAACAGAACAGGAUCUUUUCAAUCUAGGAACCUUGGGAGCCAAGAAGAAAGGUUUGCUCCUGGGUGGAACAGGGAUUAUCCUCCUCCUCCCCUUAAGAGUCAUGCUCAAGAGAGACACUCUGGCAACUUUCCUGGCAGAGAUUCACUUCCCUUUGAUUUCCAGGGGCAUUCAGGACCUCCCUUUGCAAAUGCAGAGGAGCAUUCUUUCAGCUAUGGAGCUAGAGAUGGACCACAUCGUGACUAUCAAGGAGGGGAGGGACCUGGACACAAUUUCAGAGGGGGAGAUUUUUCAUCUUCAGAUUUCCAGAGUAGAGAUUCAGCACAGUUGGACUUCAGGAACAGGGACAUACAUUCUGGGGAUUUUCAGGAUAGAGGAGGACCACCUAUGGACUACAGGGGUGGAGAUGGUACUCCUAUGGAUUAUAGAGGUAGGGAGCCACCGCAUAUAAAUUAAGACAGGGAUUCUCAUACUGUUGACUUCAGAAGUAGAGAUGUUCCUCCAACUGACUUUAGGGGAUGGGGCACUUAUGAUUUAGAUUUUAGAGGCCAAGAGGGAUCCCAUUCCGAUUUUAGGGGAAGAGAUUUAUCAGAUUUGGAUUUUAGAUCCAGAGAUCAGUCUCAUUCUGAUUUUAGGAACAGAGAUGUAUCUGAUUUGGACUUCAGGGAUAAAGAUGGAACACAGGUGGACUAUAGAAGCCGAGAUUCAUCUACUACUGAUCUAGACUUUAGGAACAGGGAUACACCACAUUCGGAUUUCAGAGGUAGACAUCGUACUAGGACUUACCAAGAUUUUCAGGGCAGAGAGGUAGGACCUUGUAUGGAAUUUAGAAAAAGGGAGAUGCCUCCUAUGGAUCCAAAAGUUUUGUAUUACAUUCAGCCUUCUUCACAAGAGAGAGAACAUUCUGGUAUGAAUAUAAACAAGAGAGAAGAAUCCAUACAUGGCCAUGCAGUGGAAAGACCUGCUUUUGGUGUUCAGAAGGGAGAAUUUGACCAUUCAGAAACAAGAGAAGGAGAAACACAAAGUGGAACUUUUGAACAUGAAUCUCAAUCAGACUUUCAAAACAGCCAAAGUCCAGUUCAAGAACAAGAUAAGCCAAAGCUUUAUGGAGGCAAACAACAGAGUUCAGAUGCUGGUCUGUUUAAAGAAGGAGAUUUGGACUUUCUUGGCCAACAAGACACUGAUUACAGAAGCAUUGAAUACUGUGAUGUGGAUCACAGGUUGCCAGGAAGCCAUAUUUUUGGCUAUGGCCAGAGCAAGUCAUUUUCUCAGGGCAAAAUGGCCAGAGAUGCCCAACAAGACCUUCAGGAUCAAGAUUAUAGGGCUGGCCCAAGUGAGGAAAAACCUAACAGGCUUAUUCAAUUAAAUGGGGUCCCAGGAAAUACUACAAAAGAAGAGAUUCUUAAUGCCUUUCGAACUUCUGAUGGCAUACCUGUAAAGGAGUUGCAGUUGAAGGAGUAUAACACAGGUUACGACUAUGGCUAUGUCUGCAAGGAAUUUUCACUCUUGGAAGAUGCCAUUGGAUGCAUGGAGGCCAACCAGUUGAUUAAUCCACUCUCGUCUCCCUGGCAGCAGCGACACAAGUUCCUCACUACCUGCCCCAAUGCACUGGAUUCUUGA